CCCGACCCCGCUGCCCCGCCGCCCGCCCGUGCCGUGCUUGACUCCACCAAUGCCGAUGGCAUCAGCGCCCUGCACCAGGCCUGCAUAGAUGAGAACCUGGAAGUGGUCCGCUUCCUGGUCGAGCAGGGCGCCACCGUGAACCAGGCAGACAACGAGGGCUGGACGCCUCUGCACGUGGCCGCCUCCUGUGGGUACCUGGAGAUCGCCAGGUACCUCCUGAGCCAUGGGGCCAACAUUGCCGCCGUCAACAGCGAUGGGGACCUGCCUCUGGACCUGGCUGAGUUGGACGCCAUGGAGGAACUGCUGAAGGCGGAGAUCGCCCACCGAGGUGUGGACGUGGAGGCAGCCAAGCGGGCCGAGGAGGAACUGCUGCUUCAUGACACAAGGUGCUGGCUGAAUGGGGGUGCCAUGCCCGAAGCCCGGCACCCCCGAACCGGAGCCUCAGCCUUGCAUGUGGCUGCCGCGAAGGGUUACAUUGAGGUGAUGCGGCUGCUCCUUCAGGCUGGCUACGACACGGAGCUCCGAGAUGGAGACGGCUGGACACCUCUGCACGCCGCUGCCCACUGGGGCGUGGAAGAUGCCUGCCGCCUGCUGGCCGAGCACGGUGGGGGCAUGGAUUCACUGACUCACGCGGGUCAGCGUCCUUGUGACCUCGCUGAUGAGGAGGUGCUGAGCCUGCUGGAGGAGCUGGCCCAGAAACAGGAAGACCUGCGGAACCAGAGGGCAGCUUCCCAGAAUAGGGGCCCCGAUCUACAGGGCCUCGAGCCACAGGGCCCCUCCAGCAGCAAACACCGCCGGAGCUCCGUGUGCCGUCUGAGCAGCCGAGAGAAGAUCUCCCUCCAGGAUCUGUCCAAGGAGCGCCGACCAGCAGGGAAGGAUGGGCAUCCCAUCCGAGAUGAAGACGAGGGAGAAGAAGGCCCCACAGAGUCCCCCGCUGCUGAAACCAGAUCCCUCAACGGAGUCUCUUCCCCACCACCCUCCACCCCUAAGAGUCCCACGGUGAAAGAGACCCCCUUCCCCAGGCGCUUUGGCCUCCAGAAGACGAGCAGCUCGGGCACCCUAGGCCCCCCAGAAAGGCGUGCAGCUGAGGGAGUGCUUGGGGCGGGACUGCAGCGCUCAGCCUCCUCUUCCCGGCUGGAAGGCUCCUCCACUCAGGUUAAGGAGCCACGUCUUGCCAGGAUCACCCCUACCCUCUCCAGGAAGGUGGUGGAGCCCCCUGCCCUGUGAUGUUGAAUGAAUGAAUGAAAUGGGAAGACUCCUUGCCGGGUUAACACCACUCCUCCUCCUGACAGGAUUCCGGAGCCUGAGCCCCCCAUGAAGCCAAAUGCUGCCCCCGCAGCCUCCACAGCACCCCCUACGGACCGGCGGAGGUCUUACCAGAUGCCAGUGCGUGACGAGGAGUCUGAAUCCCAGAGGAAGGCUCGCUCACGCCUCAUGCGCCAAUCUCGGAGGUCCACACAGGGCGUGACCUUGACGGACUUGAAGGAGGCCGAGAAGGCCGCAGGAAAGGCCCCGGAGCCCGAGAAGCCGACCCCACCGAGCGACCCUCCCCGGAGGCCCCGCGUCCCUGGGCUGGAGAACUCUGAGGGUCCCGCACAGAGAGACGUGCCUGAUGGUCAGGGGCCGCAGACCACCAGAGAGCAGCGCAGAAUCGGCAAGGAACGCAGGGGCCCUGCUGAGGGGGAGGAGACAGAGCCCGAGGAGCGGAGCUUGGAAUCCAGCACUCCUGAUGGUGGUCCCGCACUCCGCAGACAGCGCCCCCAGCGGGAUCUCCACCCCGAACCCAAACCAGAGGCGGCCGAGUCCGAUGGAGGUUUUCGGAAGCUAUACGCGGAACUGCGUGUGGAAAACGAACGGCUGCGCGAGGCUCUGACCGAGACCACGCUGCGCCUGGCACAGCUCAAGGUGGAGCUGGAACGCGCCACGCAGAGACAGGAGCGCAUCGCCGAGAGGCCAGCCCUUUUGGAGCUGGAGAGAUUCGAACGUAGGGCCCUGGAACGCAAGGCCGCUGAGCUGGAGGAGGAGUUGAAGGCCCUGUCAGACCUCCGGGCUGACAACCAGCGGCUCAAGGACGAGAACGCAGCCCUGAUCCGUGUCAUCAGCAAGCUCUCCAAGUGA